ACAUAUAAAUGGUAGCGAAGGCGAGAAAAAAUACCAAAUCUGUGUUAGCAACCCUGCGCCCUUCAUGAUACACAUGCGAGCGUGGUUGUUGAGGGGCAAACUACGAAGGUAAACAAAAAUAAUUUGAUCGGAGGCGCGAAUAAUGUGUGUAUUAAUCCAAUAUGCAUAUUUUUAAUAUAGCAAUUCGCCCGGUCUGCCAGUAAUACGCAAGAUUAUAGACAGAGCCGAGUACGCUUCCGGUUCCUGUCCCUCAGCAUGUUGUUAGCUACGAGUUUGCCGUACGUUGACUGCGCAUUUUGUGACUGUUGAUAGCCGUUUUCUGCUUCAUCGUCGUCUUUUCAAUUUCAAACCACCAAGUUGAACAGGGGACACUUCUCGGAGAACUAAGGCUCUACCGGGAGACGCACCAUGUCGAGGCGCGUACAUAAGCGGUGCCUCCUGAAGGAGAAAGGAAACUGUGACGCCGAUGACACUAUGGGCGGUAUAAGUUUCCACCGUUUUCCUCGGGACCCCUUGAGGUACAAGGCGUGGCUGGAGUUUUGCAUCCUGGAGGCGGAUACGAGUCUAAUUUCCAUUCGCUCUAAGGUCCUGUGCUCCCAGCACUUCGCACCAGUUGCUUAUUUGCGCACAGGAAGGCUUCGGUGGGAUGCAGUUCCUACAUUGAAGCGCACACUGCAUGGCGUUGGUGGAAGUAGUGCCUAUGCCAAUCAGAGCAGACUUGAAAGCAGUGGGCCUUCAACGGAGGAACGUGUGCAAGCUGUGGCAGCCUGCGAUGACGACAGCACAGGAGCAAUACACCUUCACCAGAUGAGUCAUCCUUGCCAUGCUGAAGAGUGUGGUACCGAAGAAAGUCAGCAACAGCGUGAUCUGUCUCAUCAGGACCAUAGCUACGCACGACACGCACCAGCCUUGUCAACACAGAGCACUGUUGUCUCCCCACUAGCUGCAGUUGUCACUCCUCUGCCAGGAACGUCGUCUGGUGUACUGCGUGCAGUCUCGUCACCUCAGCACUUAGGAGGUGGAAGUGGCUGGCAUCCCCCCAAAGAUUGCCCAUCGUCCAGUAGUCUGGCAGCUCCAGCACAGCCAACAAAAGGCAAGCUGGAUAACCUCCGCAAGAAAGUGCACCAGUUGCAAGCCCGCAACAAGAAGCUUCAGAGAGACCUUGAAAGGCGUAGACGAACGAGGACCAUCCGUGACCUGAUGGAGCAUGUGAGGUGUCACGUCUCUGGAACUGUCGCAGACUUCAUUGAGGCACAGAUAACGAUGGGAGGUGUGUGCAAAUUUGGGCGCCGUUGGUCACCACCAAUACCUAUUGGUCCUAACUACAUGAGCAGACUUGGAUGUUCUGCUGCCACGCACAUUACUGACGAUGUCAUCGUGGCACCGAGUGAGUCGCCAUCACCGCUAGGGUCCAACAGCACAACAUUCUUCGCAGGGUGGCUUGGUGCAAAAUUUCUCGGUGCUCACACUUGCCCCUCUGAGCAGAAAUGCAAACUGCUGGAAGACAAUGCCACAUUUCAGGACAGUAGCCAGCUAUUACUUUAUUUGAGUGUAAAGAAUGUGGACAGUACUGACUUUGGAAAGCUGUCAGUUCCUCUUCCUGCCUUUGCGACGUUUGUGGGUGCGUGCGAGGAGGCCUUCAAAGCAAAUGUCAAGACAUUCUUCACCUCCCAAGGGGUCAGGUCCAAGCUGUGUGAAGUGUUGGACACACUUGUGCCAAAGACAUUGAGUUUAUGUUCUUCAUCAGUGUAUGAUGAUUUAUUUUACUUUUUUCUCAGGGUGCGACUGUUCUGGUUUGCACGACAUAGGAAUGAGGAAGUACGAAAUAGUAUGUUACGUCAAAAGGCACUGCAGCAGGCAGUGAGACUAAGUUCAUAAUCUGUGCACGUUGUUUUGAUGUAACCAGAAGUUAUUUUCUUUCCAUGCAAAAGCAUAUGCAUGGUUCUGUUGUCUAUCCAGUGCUUUCAAUUGUAACCUAGAUUGCACAUGAUCUCUUGUGAUUAUUUCAUUCCUGUGUAGCGUACGAUUGUCAUAGUGCACUUUUACACAUAGUUCCUUACUGUGUUGUUUGUAUUUUGACAGCCAUGCAGAGUUCAGUAGUGUGUGCCUAUUUAUAUGUUUAGUGUAUGUACACCUGUGUACAUAGAUACCUAGCAUACAUUUUCUAUUUUGAA